ACGUGUUCGUGUUGUUAUCAGAUUGAUGGGCAGGGUUUGAUUGAAACCCCUUUGUCAUGCAAAUGUCAGGGCCGUGAUGGAUGAGCUCAGAUAUCUGACAAACUUCGGGAGCCCCGCGCUCAUUGGGCUCGGGGAGGACCACGUGGCCCCCGCCCCAGCCCCCAGCCCGGACCCUGCCGAAGGCUCCGGGCUUCGAGGGCUAGCGAUGCAUGGAAGGAAGUUUUACAGCUUUGACAUACUAUCUAAAGGUUGUAGGGCAGGCGGAAUCCCCCCCAAAACAGGCUGACCCUCCUCCAUCAGUGGCAGAUGGACAAUACUAGGAUGAACUCCUUCUUAGAGUAUGCAAUUUGUAACCGUGGGACGGGCGCCUACCACCAUUUAGAGCAGAGCUCCCCUUCCUUCCCCUCCUGCGCAGGUAGCCCCGCCAGUGACACGUUUAACGGCGACGGGCGCUUUGGCGCGGGAGGCAGCGCGGCCGCAGCCGCCCAGCUGCCCCAGCAGAGCCCCGGCUACCCCCCGCCCGCCGGGCGCGCCGUCCCCUUCGCGGGCGCUGCCCCCGCCGCCGGCUACCCGGCCCAGACGUGCAGCCCCAGCUACGGGCACCACCAGCUCUACCUCGGCCAGCAGGAUGCGGACGGCGCCUUCUUCCCGGCGCCGGGGUACGCGGCCAGCGCGGCAUCCGCGCUCGGCGCCCUGGCGGACGGCUACUGCGGGGCGGCGGCGGCCGCGGGGCAGUACCAGCAGCACCUUUACGGGCAGGAGCAGCCCAGCUAUUUGCCCGCCGUUUACAGCAACCUCUCGCCUUCUCUAACCGAGGACAAGGACCCCGCGUGUCCCUCGGAGCCGUGCCCCAACCCCAGCGCCGCGCAGACCUUCGACUGGAUGAAAGUGAAGAGGAACCCGCCCAAGACAGCUAAAGUGUCGGAGUACGGACUGCUGGGCCAGCCCAACACCAUCCGCACCAACUUCACCACCAAGCAGCUGACGGAGCUGGAGAAAGAGUUCCACUUUAACAAGUAUCUCACCCGGGCCCGAAGGGUGGAGAUCGCUGCUACCCUGGAGCUCAACGAAACCCAGGUGAAGAUCUGGUUCCAGAACAGGCGGAUGAAGCAGAAGAAGAGGGAAAAGGAAGGUCUGGCCCCGGCUGCUGCUUCCAGGUCUGCGAAGGAAGCAAACGAAGCAUCGGAUCAGUCCAACUGCACCUCACCUGAGGCCUCCCCCAGCUCGGUGUCCUCCUGAGACACGUCCCUCAGAGGCACAGCGAUCAACCCGGCCUGCUCGGACAGACACACGCGCGAACACGCGCCUCCCACGCGCAGCCCCGUCCACACGCCCACGCACCCGCGCGGAGGCAGGACACGUCCCCUCCGAGCAGCCCCUUCGCCUGCAGUCGUCACCCCACGUGCGAUACCAUUUCUCCUGCUUGCAUUUCUCUCUCUUAAUUUAUAGACCCUCUGUAAAACACUGGACUCCAAAGGAGCAGCCGUGCCCUCAUAUAUUCUUAGCAAUAGCCAUUUGUCUCAGGGACGUUUUUCCCUCUCCCUUUCCCUUCUCCCUCCCCGAUAGGAACUGCACUUUCAACUACAGAAACUUUAAAACGAAUUUAGUUCUCUCCCGUUUUUAAAAUGUGCACAAUGACUUUUGUCUGCAAGAAUCCUACAUUUGAUGUAUUUUUCCUCCCCACGAGAGUGUAAAAAGUUUUGAGUAUUUUUUGUUUCUCUUUUGUUUACUCUUUGUAUAUCUUGGAAUGAGAUCUGACGUACCCAAAAUGCUAGAAGCCUCUGGAAAGACACAGACAAACACUAGGCAAAAAGGCAACUCCUCUUCUACCAGUUUGCACUAUUACUGCUUUACAGGGUCCUGCACGCUCUUCGACUACGGUUGUUGCUAGUCCUGGGGGAGAGAGGGCUGUGCUAUCCGAGCACACGAGCUCAGGAGGCGGCUGACCUCGGGGUACUUCGGGCAACGGCCGUUGCCGUGCGAGGUGUGAACGUGCACGGGAACAAGGCUGCGGAGUGGGACAGCAGCUCUUGGCUCCCCCAGACGCUGAUGGACGGACUGGUAUUUAUUGUAUGUCUCGAUAGCCUGAAGUCUUGAAACGAAGUAGCACGGUUCCUUGUACCCCCCACCCCCCUUAGGCUUACCGGAGUCCGAUGAAAACAUUAUUUAACCACGGUUAAUUGUUUCCCUUCCCCACGAGAAACUUUAGCGUAGAGCGAAAUGAAAACCACGGAAACUUUCGUUAAAAGUGCUUUAAAGAGAAAAACGACAUCGCGAAAAACUAGCGAUUUCUUAAUCGGAUUCUCCCGUUUCCCCUCCGGUCCCUUCCCCGUGCUCUGUACUUUGAAAUGAAACUACCUCAGUCUAAUAAAGUUUACUUUUUCCACAUGCAA